ACAAACGAUUUAAAGAGACAACACCCUCCGCCCGCGCCGCCCCCCCCUCCCCCAUUCCUAGUCAGCUGAUGAGGCCUGAGCCUGGGUUCAUCUACAGGGCAUCCUGGGCCGCUCUCUUCCUGGGGGCGCAUGGAGGAGCCGCUGGAGAUGCCGCCUGGGGAGGAGAGCAAGCCUUGCUCACCCUCGGAGGAGCUCGCCACUGACCCCUCCUUGCAGGUUGAGAUCUCAGACGCAGUCAGCGAACGGGACAAGGUGAAAUUCACUGUCCAGACCAAGAGCUCCCUGCCCGACUUCAACCGCCCAGCGCUCUCUGUGGUCCGGCAGCAUGAGGACUUUGUUUGGCUGCACGACACCUUCUCUGAAAAUGAUGAAUACGCUGGCAUAAUCAUCCCCCCUGCGCCCCCCAGGCCUGACUUCGAGGCAUCACGGGAGAAGCUGCAGCGCCUCGGGGAGGGGAACAGCACCCUGACGCGGGAGGAGUUCGCCAAGAUGAAGCAGGAGCUGGAGGGCGAGUACCUGGCCAUCUUUAAAAAGACGGUGGCAAUGCACGAGGUGUUCCUGCAGCGUCUGGCAGCCCAUCCCGUCCUACGCCGGGACCACAACUUCUACGUCUUCCUGGAAUAUGACCAAGACCUCAGUGUACGUGGCAAGAACCGCAAGGAGCUGCUGGGUGGUUUCUUCCGGAACAUCGUCAAGUCAGCUGAUGAGGCUCUCAUCACCGGGGUGUCGGGGCUGAAGGAGGUGGACGAGUUCUUUGAGCACGAGCGGACAUUCCUGCUGGAGUACCACGCCCGGGUGCGCGACACCUGCCUCAAGGCCGACCGCGUCAUGCGCUCCCACAAGAGCCUGGCAGAGGACUAUAUCCCUAUCUCAGUGGCACUGAGCAGCCUGGGCACACAGGAAGUCCGACAGCUCCAGACGAGCUUCCUGAAAUUGGCUGAACUCUUUGAACGGCUGCGGAAGUUGGAGGGCCGUGUGGCAUCAGAUGAGGAUCUGAAACUGUCUGACCUGCUCAAGUACUACAUGAGAGACUCACAGGCAGCCAAGGAUCUGCUGUAUCGGCGCCUGCGGGCCCUGGCUGAUUACGAGAAUGCCAACAAGGCACUGGACAGAGCCCGCAUGAGGAACAAGGAGGUAAAGCCAGCUGAGGUCCAUCAGCAGCUGUGCUGUCAGCGCUUUGAACAGCUCUCAGCCUCCGCCAAGCAAGGUGAAUACAGAAGGGCUAGGAGCCAGGGCUCUUGGGUUCUAUCCCUGUCUCUGGGUGGGGGUGGAGGGGGGGGUGUCGAAUGGGGUAGAGCAGGGGGCUGGGAUCCAGAUCUCCUGGUUCUCUCUCUCUCUCUCUCUCCCUGGGCAGAACUGACUGAUUUCAAGUCACGUCGAAUCUCCGCAUUUCGCAAGAACCUGAUCGAGCUGGCGGAGCUGGAGCUGAAACAUGCCAAGGCCAGUAGCCUGCUGCUGCGGAACACCCUGAUUGUGCUGAAGGGCGACGCCUGAUGCUGCCCCCCAGCCCUGCACCUGUGGGAGGGGCUGCUCCAUGCCUUGGUGCAGAGACCCUCCCCAGCGCUACUGCUGCUGCCUCAUAACCCACAUAUCCCUGCCCCUCGCCAACCCUGCUGGCAUUCCAGCCUCCCCCCCUGCUCUGCCAACUCUGGGGGACCCAUCUGACUAGGGGGGCAACCCCCCACAACAUCCAUUAACUCCCUCCCCCUGGCCUCCCAGACAUGGCUGCAGCCUGGAGUUCCUUUAGGAGGGAAGUAGGGUGGGAGCCAGGACUCCUGGGGUCUAUCCCCAACUCUGGAAGGACAGUGAGUUAGAACAGGAGGGCUUGGAGCCAGGUCUUACUGUGUUUUAGGUGAGCCCCUUCCCCUCUGUCCCUCACCCCCCACACUGCAGUAAGACCGUGGGGGGGAGGGCGGGGGAGAUGUUAAGGUGCAUUCAAGUACAUAAAAGGUUGUUAAAAGGAGGAGGGAGAAACAUUGUUCUUUUUAACCUGAGGAUAGGGCAAGAAGCAAUGGGCUUAAAUUGUAGCAAGGAAGGUUUAGGUUGGACAUUAGGAAAAACUUCCUAACUGUCAGGGUGGUUAAACACUGGAAUCAAUUGCCUAGGGAGGUUGUGGAAUCUCCAUCAUUGGGGAUUUUUCAGAACAGGUUGGACAAACACCUGUCUAGAUACUACUUAGGGCUGCCUUGAGUGCAGGUGACUGGACUAGCUGACCUCCCAAGGUCCCUUCCAGGUCUAUGAUUUGGAGCUGUUCUAGCCAUUUACAAGAAUCCAGGCUAGGUGCCAUCUCUGAGCAACCAGAUGAAGGGGGGAGGGGCAGAAGGAGGGGCAGAAGGGGUGUGAGAUUGGUCAGGGGGAAGAAAGAGAGCAUGAAACUGCAGUAGGAAGACAAGAAACCACAGUCUGGGGGCUAUCAUCAUUCAAUUCUGCCAUCCCAGGCAAUGUGUCCAUCCACAGCUCUGUACCCCCCAGCCCCAAACACCCCCAAUAAAGGCCCAUUUUGUAUCCAGCUCCA